ACUCUUGUUAAGAAGGAAGUGUAUUGUACAAGAAGUUCAUGAGUUCUAUGAUUUGAAAGAUCUCGAGUUUCGCUCUGUUUGUUUUUGUGUGUUUUGAAGAGAGCAAUUAUUGUUGCUUUUUGUAUCUGCUAAUCACUUUGAUGUUCAAGUGUUCUAUCAUUUUUAUCUAUUAUAUUUAUUGUUACCCUUUCCAUUGUUAAUGAUUCAUGUUGUUCAAUUUUACUUGUCACUCUAAGCGUAUGUUUGGAUGUGCGGCACAUUUGUGAAAAUUGCGGCAAAAAACCACAACAACGCAAAAGCUCCAUUUUUUAGCUUCUAGAAAUCACGGAAACUUUGCAAUAAAAAAUCCUUAAUAUUAUUUUGAACUUUAUAAACAACAAAGGAACAAAAAAAUCUUAAAAAUAAACGGAAUUUAUAACAUAGGAAUAUCUCUUAUUUUCUUGAGGCCUCGAACUUUGACUUACCAUUUUAAAAACUACUUGAGAUCUAGAGUAGACCCUAGUUUGAACUUUGAAGUCUUAUUCCAGAGGACAGUAGAGAAUGGCAACAUCAUCAUCAAGAUUAUUCAAUUUGUGUUCUUUACUAAUGUCUACACUUUUUGCAUACUCAGCCUCUGUUCAGUUAAAUGACCCUGAUUGGUAUUUUUGGUUUCCCCUCUAUUCAUGUGCCUGCCUCAUUAAUCUCAAUAGCUGCAUCAUGAAAAUCAAAUUGAACAAACCAAUUGCCACAAUUACUAUAUGGAUUGGAAUAUUAUUGUGUAGCAAAGUUGUGGUUGAAGAUUAUGUGUAUGAAAUAGCAGGGUUUUGGUCACUGGAUCUUAGUGAGAGAGUUGUUAGGGAGAAAGUAGGAAGCAUAUUCGUUAUUAUAUCUAUAUUCUUUCAGAUGGAAGCUGCUUCUGAUGUUCAAAAGGAUAUUUCAAACGUAGUAAAAUAUGGGAUGCUGGUCUUGGUGGUUUUCAGCUACUUGCUACCUUUUGUCUUUUUUGUGGUCCUAAAAGGUGAAAUGAAGUUAUAGUCCUAAAGUGUGAUUUGCACUAAAAUCACAAUGGUUCGCCAUGAUUCUGGGGAAAUAUAAAUUAUGAGAGGCAUGCAAAAACGAGGUAGCUUGAUUGGUCAUCAGUUGAGGGAUGUUGAAGAAGCUCUAAAAGUUCAAAUAACUUCAAAAAGUAACAUAAACAUUAGUUUCAUUAGCAUUUGUCUAUCAAGAAAAAAUAUCCUCGUAAGCAUAGUUCAUUUGGUAAAGACAUUACAAUAUGCUAUAUUUGUGUUCGAAUCAUAGAUUUUUCACUUAUUCACAUUAAUCGCAACAAGAGUUAAUACAUGUACAACUUACCAAUAUUGAAUCUAAAUAAUAGCUUAUCCGAGUCGAAGGUCCGACCAAAUCU